AUGCCUCCCAAAAUUCCCGAACACCUCUAUCAUGUCCUCUUAACCAUCACUCGCCUCAACAAGAACCCCAAUAAUCUCGUCGAAAUCCUCCGUAUCCCUGGAACUUACACCAGUCUACUCGCCGCCAAAGCCGCGGCGCACAGCUGUCUCUACGACGCCGGCUACGAGCGUGACUUCUUUCCAACCUAUGAAACCAGCGCCCACAUUUUCGAACAAGAGAACCUGCCCGAUCGCACAGGACUCGCCAUUUACGCCGUUGCGCCAGACGGCACCACCUUCCGCGUCCGCAUCGAUACCACACAGAACAAGCUUCAGCUGACCACCGAUCUCGACGAUGGCCGUAUCUCUAUCCCGCUAUUUUACGUCGUGCAGGCGAAUGUAGAAUAUGAUGCCAUCGAGGGGGAAAGCACAGUGCGGGAGGUAAUAGUGCAGGGCACAUUUACGGAUUACAUGCAAGCAAGGGAGUACGCGAAGGGAGUCUUGUUGUCGGAGAAAGAUGGCAUUCUGAAGGGCAGUUAUGCGGCGUAUGUGGAGGCCGGAGAGGGGGAACGGGAUUGUGGAUUUGGUGAAAAUGUGGUAGUGCAUGCGGCGUCAGACUAUGGGGUGAACUAUUUGGUCAGUGUAAUCCGAAAUCAGGAAUUGGGCAGUAAAUAUCCACUUGUUCACUGUCUCGCAUCAGAAUCUUCUGGAUACGACAGUCACAAGCCUACUACCAUCAUGCCACCCGGCAUACAUUUCCAGGCGUGGAACCUCAUCCAUGGAACCGCACCCCCCAAGACCACCUUGACUUCCAACCCCACGCAUCCCCGGAUUUCCACUUAGUUUGGGACCCAUAUUCAAGACCCAUCUCUUGAUGCAUGUCAGAAAGCAAAGGAAGGCGCAUGCUCUCUCUAGGAGUUUCUAUCCGAAAUGACCCCGCGCGAGCCACCCGCGUACAAAU